ACACAGUCCCUGCCAUGGCGCUCAGCGAGCCUAUCUUGCCGUCCUUUGCCACUUUCGCCAGCCCCUGCGAGCGCGGCCUCCAGGAGCGCUGGCCGCGAAAUGAGCCCGAGGCGGGCAGCACGGAUGAGGACCUAAACAGCGUGCUGGACUUCAUCCUGUCCAUGGGACUGGACGGUCUGGGCGCCGAGAACCCUCCCGAGCCCCCGCCGCAGCCCCCGCCGCCUGCGUUCUACUACCCGGAGCCGGGUGCCCCUCCGCCCUAUGGCACCCCGGCGGCUGGCCUGGGAACGGAGCUGCUGCGCCCGGACCUGGAUGCGCCUCAGGGGCCGGCUCUGCACGGCCGCUUCCUCCUCGCGCCUCCCGGGCGGCUGGUGAAAGCCGAGCCCCCGGAGGUGGACGGCGGCGGCUACGGGUGCGCAGCCGGCUUGGCUCGCGGACCGCGCGGGCUGAAGCUCGAGGGCGCCCUGGGAGCGACAGGUGCAUGCAUGCGGGGUCCUGCUGGCCGUCCCCCACCGCCCUCGGACACGCCGCCGCUCAGCCCCGACGGCCCCCCGCGCCUCCCGGCGCCCGGUCCCCGCAACCCGUUCCCGCCACCCUUCGGCCCCGGCCCCAGCUUCGGCGGCCCCGGCCCCGCGUUGCACUUCGGGCCGCCCGCGCCCGGCGCCUUCGGUCUCUUCGACGAUGCGGCGGCGGCUCUGGGUCUUGCUCCCCCUGCCACGCGCGGUCUCCUCACGCCGCCCUCGUCCCCGCUGGAGCUGUUGGAGGCCAAGCCCAAGCGCGGCCGCCGCUCCUGGCCCCGCAAGCGCGCCGCCACGCACACUUGCAGCUACACCAACUGCGGCAAGACCUACACCAAGAGUUCGCACCUAAAGGCGCAUCUGAGGACGCACACAGGUGAGAAGCCUUAUCAUUGCAACUGGGACGGCUGCGGCUGGAAGUUCGCGCGCUCUGACGAGCUUACCCGCCACUACCGCAAGCACACGGGUCACAGGCCCUUCCAGUGCCACUUGUGCGACCGGGCCUUCUCCAGGUCCGACCACCUGGCCCUGCACAUGAAGCGACACAUGUAGCCUGGGUCGACUCGGCCAGCCCAUGAGCGACUGUGGCGGGUUCCACGCGCCGGGCACGGCCCCCUUGCAACAAACUGACUGUUAUUUAUUGGACCCUGAGGACGGAGUCGGACAAGAGUGGCCACAGGAAAAUGACUUUGCCACCAGUUCCGGCUCCCACCGUGACUGAAGGCUCCAGGGAAGAAGACAGGAGCCUGUGAAGAAUGUUUUCAAAAUGGUGCAAUAAUUGACUUCUUUCUCUCGGGUUCCCACUAGAGGAUCGAGGCUAGCCUUGUGAGAAAUGCCUUUGAGUUUACUAUCCCCAACUAUCCCCAACGUUGUUUUUAUAAUAUUGUAUAUAAGUGACCGUGGCAAUCUGUAUGACUAUAAGGGAAACGAUGGCAUCUCUUCGCCUGCUUCGUUUUUAUAAGACUCUUUUUUUAAUUAAAAAAGUUUUGGAUCUUUGGAGGAA